CCAACCAUUUCUCCAUUUGUCCUCCUCCUCCAUUCAAAAACCAAAGGCACAGCCCCUACUUGGUUCUUCCUCACUUGUGUGCAUGAGGAGGUGUCCUGAUGGUGCUGCCCUCCUUAUGAUGGUCCAUUUCCUCCACCUGGUAAUCAUCCCCUGGAUUCAAUUCCAUCAUGCAGCCUCAAAGCCUUUCCCUCCAACCCAAAGGCUGCCCUAAAACCCUAAUGGUGACAAGCCUGUUCGAUUACACUAGAGCAAAUACAGCUUCUUGGUUUCCAGAGUCUGUCACCAGCUGCAGACAAAACCCAUGCAAUUCCCCACUUACAAGAAGAAAACACUUGGAAAGACUCCCGUUUAUGUGAGUGGGUUUGAUGAGAACCUUACCAUUUCUACUUCUCUUACAUGCAUACAUGAAGAGACAAACACAGGCAACCAUCAAGUAACUGUAGAGUGAGAAGGAGUCACCCUAUCCUUAAACCUCCUCUUUGCGAGCUUUCUAUCUCCUCCUCCUCCUCCUCCUCCUCCUCCUCCUCCCCUAGUGUCUUUCAUCCCAUCUUUCUUGGCGUCCAGGAGCCAUGCAUGAGCUCUGUGAUCUCAAGGUCCUUGUCGAUGGGCAGCACACUUUCCUCCUCCACGAGAAGACCAUCUGCUCGUUCUCGGGGAGGAUGAAGAAGAUGGUGAAGCAGGAGCGCAAGAGAAGCCAAGGCAAAGGCUGGGCGGCGCUCAAGAUGAUGGAGUUCCCCGGCGGCCCGGAUGGGUUCGAGUUGGUGUCAAGAUUCUGCUACAACGGCGGGAGCAUCGCGAUGAGCCCAGCCAACGUUUGUGUCCUCCACUGCUCUGCGAUUCUUCUUGAGAUGACCGAGGAGGUCGCCGCCUGCAAUCUGUUGAGGCAGACGGAGACGUUCUUGGAAGGCCUGUUCUACUGGACGUGGAGCGAGAUCUUGACGGCCUUGAAGAGCUGCGAGACCUUGUUCCCCACCGCUGAUUCCUCCGGCCUGGUCUACAAGCUCAUCUCCUCUCUCCUCGAGAAGAUCUCGGCCAAUUCAGGGACGCCGCUUACGUCCGCGACACUCUGCCCUUCCUCCUCCUCUUCCUCCUCGUCGCCCGAGACCUCCGGCCUAAUGCGCUCUUCAUCCACCAAGACUUCCGAGGCCAGCAAGCCUUGUUUCGGUAGGGAGUGGUGGUUCGACGAUCUCACCAAUCUGUCCCCCACCAUCAUAGAGAAGAUGAUGAAGGCCCUCGGAGCCUAUGGCACCGACAACAGGAACCUCAUCUUGACCAGGUUUCUCUUGUAUUACCUAAAAGCUGCAGGCCAAAAGCCAAGCUUUUGUGGUGGUGGUGGUGGUGGAAAUCAUGGGCAGGGCAAGGAAGGGUACGGUGGUCUCGCGGACACUGCAGUCUAUGGAGUGGCACUGAUGGGAAGAACAGCCUUUUCUUGCAGAGGACUCUUCUGGGUUCUGAGAGUGGUCUCUGGCUUGGGACUCAGCAGGGAGUGCAGGCAAAAACUGGAGAUGUUGAUGGGCCUCAUGCUCGACCAAGCCACCUUGGAUGAUCUCUUGGUCUCCGGUCACAAUGAUGGUGCCUAUGAUGUGAAUCUGGUGGUGAGACUGGUCAGGAUCUUUGCGGGUGCUGAGGAGAGCAAUGCUUCAUCCCUGCAGAGGAUGAAGAAGGUUGGAAGGCUAAUUGACAAGUACUUGGGCGAGAUCUCCCCUGACCAUAGCUUGAAGGUCUCUAAGUUUCUUGAACUGGCUGAGAGCCUCCCAGACUCUGCUAGAGACUGCUUCGAUGGGGUCUACAGAGCCUUAGACAUCUAUCUUGAGUCACAUCCAACACUCUCUAUCGAGGAGCGAACGAGGCUGUGUCGAUGCCUGAACUACGAGAAGCUCACGCUCGAGGCCUGCAAAGACCUUGCAAAGAACAGGAGGAUACCACCAGGGAUUGCAGUGCAAGCACUGGCCUCGCAGCAAUCCAAGCUGCAGAUUAGGACUAAUGUGGAUGAUAGGCAUGGCACAGAUCAGAAGCUAAGAAGAGUUAAAUGUGCCGUGCCAGUGGAGCACAAGAGGGCUUCUCCAAAGCUACUGGACGAGAAGGAAGAGCUAAAGUUCAACCUGCAAAGAAUGCAGAACAGGGUGAUGGAGUUGGAGAAAGUGUGCCGGGAGAUGAAAGGUCAGAUGUCCAAGAUGGUCAACAACAAGUCCUACCACAAUGCUAGGGGACUGUCAAGGCUCUGUUAGCUGUGUGCUUCUCCACUGUCCUCCUCAACCUCUACACCUCGCGACACCGAGUUUUUCUUUCUGUAUAGUUCAGUAGAUCUGAGUGGUGUACAUUGCUAGGUGAUGUUUACUUCUGAUUCAGUUUCAAAAUUUUGCCACCUACUGAUUUGUUCUCAUUCCUACCUUGUGUAGUAAGCUCUAGAUAUAUCAGAUCAUCGAAACUGAAGGCUGUUUUCAGAUAUUGUAAAGCUUCUAAGUAUCCUAAUUGUCAUUCUGAGUUUGAUUGAGUUCGUCAGCUUUCCUUUGCUUUCCUCAUUCAUCAGCAAAG